AUGUUGGCACACAAUGAUUCGUCGAUUACUGUAGCUGACAGUAUGGAAAAAGUGUUGGAUGCUGCAACCCCACAGCUGAGAAAAUUGAGGCAACGAUGCUUGUCAGGAGGACGUUACACGCAUCAUCUUGACCGAUGGUUAGAACUGUAUCCGUUGUCAAAUCUGAUCCUGAUAGAUGGCGAGAGGUUACGUGAAGAGCCAGCUAAG